AGUAGCUUCCGGUUCUGUUGGAACCCUUUGCCACUACGACACGGACGUCCUCUUCUCCCGUCAAGCUCAAGCUUGCUACCGAGAUCAGCGUCGGGGCUACCGGCCUGUCCUGUCCCGACGCGUCCGGGGACACUGCCUAACCGCGUCCACACCGAUUCUGUCCAGCGCAUCGUAGUGACGCUCAAUGGCGAACGUCGUUGCCGUGGUGUAUGUGGUCGACGCGUCGCUGGCACUCGCCACGGAGUGGGGACAAAUCUUCGGAGAGUACAUGCUCCCCCUCCUCCAACGCCUGGCAGAGCUGCAUUCAACUCCGCAUUUCCGCGUGGGCGUGGUGAGCUACGGGCCUGCCGAGACAAGACCAACGCCGCUCGGAAAGAUCUUCUUCGGGCCACCGCAGGUCAUCUUCAGGGACAUGCGCGAGGAUCCCGAGAAGAUGGGUCUUGGACUCUCAAGCUUGGGUGACUCGGCUGGCUUGGCUGCGCUCGAAGGACUGGUUGCCGCCGUCGAGUUGUUCGACGCGCUGAAAGACUCGCCAGAGGUCACGAGCUCGCACAUCAUACAUGUAGCAGCAGCUCCUCCUGAUGGCUCUGAACACCCUCUCUGGAAUAUGACUGCUGGUCUCGACGACAUCUCUUGGGACACUCUCCCUCUUGAGCUCCAGAAGAGGAAGAUACAUUACAGCAACAUCCUGUUGAGGCAGCUGCCCCUCGUUACUUCGAACUUCACGCCUAUCUCACGACAGGCAGCAGCAGGUCCGUCACAGCAGCCUUGGUUUGCCGUCCGACCGCAUCACGUCCUGCACCUGACUGGCUUUCCAACCGCUCUGCAGAAAGGUGCGAAACGCUCUGCCGACGGUGCGAACGUGGCGGGACGAGCCGCAGAGCUCAAGCGGACCAAGGUCGAAUCCCAUCCGUCACCCCCACAGCCCCCACAGCCGCCACCAAUGGACAACGUUGCUCCCGCAUCCCCACCGCAGCCAGUCCAGACCACUCCUGUCAAUGUUGCUGCUCCUGCUCCUGCACCGCCAUCUGCGCAGCAUCGGCCCGCACCGCAGCCGCCUCGUCCCCCACAUGCUGACAUUCGCAUGAUCAAUCCCCAAGUGCUCCACCAUAUGAGUGUGCUCGUAGCAAAGAAGAAGCAGGAAGUGAGUGAACACAAGCAAAUGGGCCGUGCGAAGGAGGCGGCAGAGGGCGAGAGAGAUGUGCAGAGGCUGUUGGUGGCCUUCAAACAGACUCAGAUCCAGCAGAUGAAGAACCAAGCGUUGUUGGCUCAAUCGCAAUCGCAGCCUGCGGCUCUGGGCAACACUGGCGCCCCGCAACCUGGAUCGGCGACCGACUCGAUGCUGACAGGUACAGCUGGUAUGCCAGGAUCAACCUCUAUGCCGACGAUGAACAAUGCUGCAUCGACGUCGAGCAGUGCCAUGCAUGCUGACCCCCUACCCGUCCCCGACGACCAUAUCGGAGAGCUAGGCCAUCAGCCAUCGUCCAACUCUGAGCCCAUGUCAUCGUCGCAGAACCCUGCGCCAUUCACGGCCCACAUGCCCCUACAGCCGCCAAGACAGAGUGAUCCCAACCCGCCGCCGAUGGUGAACGGUCCGCCACACGAUGUGUCUCAAAUAUCGCCAGCAAUGGCCAAGGGUCAAGUCCCGCAGCCGUCCGGACCGUCUCAGGGUGGAGGAGCCCCUAGCCUCCUACGCAUAUGGGAAGGGCCUGCCGCUUGGGUUGAUUCCAAGAGUGGGCGAAUGAUGCAAGCGCAUAUGUUCGUCAACGCUUCAGACAUGUUACGAGCGUUCCCCUGGCCAGCCACCUUGACAUUGGAGCCGUCAACCGAGUUCAGGGUAUCAAUGCCCAAGUUGCAGGAGUGGCUGAAAGCACACGUAUCCGAAUAUACGAUGUUGUUUGCGGCACCGAACAACACCACGAACGACCCGAAACAAAAUGAAGAGCAGUGCAUGGUCAUCUGGCGAUCCGUCUAUCUUUCGCAUCGUUAUGCGAUAGCUAGCUUGGCUGACCCCUCCGGCGCUCAUCCGGCGAAACGACUGCUGCUGUUCCCUGUUCGCCCCGGGCAGUAUGCCGGCGCAUUCUUCCAUGGGCCGAGAGGUAUUCCGGAACUCCCGCCGUCAAUCGUGGGAGGGAUGCGUGUAUCACUCGUUCCGCCGUCCAUAGCGCAACUGCUACUCAAUUUGCAACCGAAGGAGGCGGCCGAGCUGGAGGCGACGGCUGCUCACGAAAAGCAGGCGAAGAUCACCGAGCUUGUGCGACAGUAUAGCCAGAGGGCGCAGGAACAGCAGCGUGCGCAGCUGUUACAGCAGGCGCCGCAAAAUCGGCAGGCUCCUCCACAGCCGCAAUUCCAGACGCAGGACAACACGCAGGGGGACCCGACGAUGGCGACAAUGGGACCUUCCAUGAUGACGCAACAGCAGCCUCCUAUCCAACAGCGUCAGCCUAUCGCGCCGAACAAUCUCAACACGUUGAUUCCGAUGAACCCGUUCAUGGGUGGCGCGCCGCCUACUUUGGAUCAGAUGCUGAGACUUGGUGGAGGUAGACCUCAAGCGCAGAGGCAGAUGCCCAACAGGAUGCCCAGCGCGACUCCUGGUUCCAUGGACGGGCAAGGGAUGCAUCAGCGCGUACCAAGCGGCGGCGGAGGCGGCACGGGGAACGUGAACCUCAGUCACGAAAUGAUGCAGUCCUUCAUGCAACGACGGCAGGACGGGUCGGGGGGCAUGGGCGGAGCCAUGGGUGGUGGGAUGGGUCUGUGAGCGCGGUCAUCUUCGAUACGUCUGUUGCCGCCCAACAUAGUCUACUGGCUUGAUUUCUUGUUUGGUUGUAUGAUCAUGUAGCUCUGUUCCGCUUGUAUCACUAGCUAAUUAUUACCUGAACGUUCUGAAAUCGCUUUGGUGCAGACCGACGACAG